GCGGCCAAUCGCAGCGCCGGGCGGUGUCGCGCGCGGGGCGCUCCGGGAGCGCCGUCGGUAACGGGCCGAGUCCGAGCAGCGGGAGGAUGAGCCGGUUCCUGAACGUGCUGCGCAGCUGGCUCGUCAUGGUGUCCGUCAUCGCCGCCGGGAACACCCUGCAGAGCUUCCGCGAUCACGGCUUCCUCUCGGAGAAGCUGUACACCGCCAGCCCCGGCCUCGUGAACGGACUCCAGGCUCGGACCUUCGGCGUCUGGACUCUGCUGUCGUCAGUGAUCCGCUGCCUUUGCGCCAUUGACAUCCGCAACAGGACCCUUUAUCACAUCACGCUCUUUACCUUCUUUUUGGCCCUUGCUCACUUCCUCUCCGAAGUCUUCAUUUACCACACUGCAGCCUUGACAAUUGGAGUUAUGGCACCCCUCAUGGUAGCAAGUUUCUCUAUUAUGGGGAUGCUGAUUGGGCUGCAGUACCUGGAGGUAGAAGCACUAUCACAAAACAAGAAGAAAAACUGAAGGUGAGGGCUCUGUAUAGGUCAGUGUCAUCCCUGGUCUUCACUGCCAGACUUCCACUAAAGCUCAGCUGAACUUCUCCAGGACACCAGUCCCAGUGGUGGAUCAGUGUUGGACUCUGUCAAUCACUGUUCAUUACCAAGUCUUUUUUUCUUGUCCAGGCAACAUUUCAACUGACUGAUGUCAAAGACCCAGAGGAGUUUGUGUCAAGCUUGUGGGGGGCAUUUGAAGGGGCAUUGAUGACUGACUCCCUGGAUAGCAGGCAAAGUCUCAGGCGUGCCCAGUGCACUAAGGACUUCUCUCCCAGUGUAACUGUAGGGAGAAGGUGCAGGGCUAUCCAGGAUUCACUGAACACUUUGGACCAGAAAGAGAGAACAGGUGCUGCCCCUGGCACUGCCAUGUAACUUGCAUGUGUGUGUUCAUCAGGGGCCAUUUCUAAUAAAUGACAGAAAGCUGCA